GCCACAUGGGAAUUUGGGCCAGUGCCAGCCUGUGCAGUGUUGCUGCCCGCCAUUCUGUGGGCCAUCAGCCUGAGUGUAAGGCAGCUGACCCACACAUCUCUCAUGGGAAGAGCCCGGUAAUCUUUUCUGUCCAUCAGUCUGCACCGAUCUCAGCAGCAUGUGGAAGCCGUGCCCUUACCCCGGAGUGUCUUGGGACUCGGAGCACAGAGCAGAACCUGACCCAUGGAAAGGAACAGCGGCUUGCAUCGCCAUGGGACUCCUGUUCGUAAUGACCAUUGGAUUAAUCUACUGGCAAGUGGUGGAUCAGUCCCACAAGCACUGGGUUCUCCAGGGCCGCUUCACGGGGAUUUUCUGGGAUUCCAAGAAGCAUUCCCUUGUGUUUCAGACGCUUUCCGAGGACAAAACAGCCGUGGAAGUUUCUGUUGGACAGGUAGGGGACCCUGAUCUGCACGUGCGUUUUGCGAGGAAUCGUUGCUGGCUUAACUCGAGUGGUUUCUGCACCGAGUGGGACGGGCGGCUGGAGGUGAAGAUGGUUUUGGAGCAGGACGAGCUGUUGCACAUGGAGUGCUACAACAUAACGUGGAUGCCUCUGCACUGUCAUGUUGACAUGAGGCACUGUUUUUAUAUGGAGAAUAUCUUCUGGUAUGGUGGAGCAGGCGUCCAGGCACAGAAAUGGCCUAUAAACACUGUGAAUAUUCCACUGCAGCCCUUCACUGUCAGUGAUUUGAGACUCAAUCCCUCAGGGUAUGGCUCUGUGUUGGACCAUCAGUUUUUUGGAUCAACAGGUGUUGCAGUGCUGUUUUCUCCAGAUGUGCCCCUGAAUGUUGGUAUCGACAGUAGUCUGAAGCUGUGUGUCGAGCCACAGCACAUACUGGUCACACAGCCUCUACAGUACAGAGUGUGCGUGGGUCGCAAUCUCAGAGCUGUUCAUCAGAAAAUAGCACACGAAUGCAGGCACCGCCCACCACAGCUGCCUAACCUGGGCAUUUUACGGUCAUCUCUAUGGAAGCUGGUGGUGAACACAGACUCUGGAGCAAGGCUGGAGAAAAAGCUGAGGAUGUUUGCCAAGCAGCUGAAGAGACACCAACUUAAUGAGGUCAUUAUCAGCCUUGAUGAACAUUCCACCUCUUUGCUACUGAAAAUGGGCCACAGUUAUUCCCACGCAAGGAACCUUCCACUGAUCAGACACCUCAACAUUUCUGUCACUUUUACGCCAUACGUCAGCGUCAAUAACCAGCAGUUUCAGAUGUCUCUUCAGGAAGGAAAUGAGGCCUUCUGGCUCAGCCGGCUGACUACCACACAGGGACAUUUGGUUCCUUUAAUGAGCCCAUGGAAAGGAGAUAUCUGUGUGAAGCUGAACAUCUCCAACCCAGCAGCAGUCAGGUGGUUCCUGGAACAAGUGGGCACCGAAUCUGCCCAGCUGGAUGCAGAGUACAUCAUUCUGGAGGGAGGGGAAGGGAGCCUCUCUGAUGGCCUUCCAGAAGUUCAAGUCGGUCAAGAGUACAUCACACUCUUGGCUGGCCUUGCUAUGAGGGUUGGAAGGACGGCUAUAGUGACCUCAGGGUCAAGGACCAGUGAUGUACCAUUGUUUAUAAUGAUGUCACCACUGCAAGGCAGCUGGGGCUACACAGGAAUUAAGGGCAUCAUUCCAUCUAUCUUGCACUACAGUAUUCUAGGAUAUAACUUCUUCAUUUCUGAUGCCAUUGGUGGCUCACUGGUUGAUCACAUGAUUAGUGAUGAAGAGCUCUUUAUCCGUUGGCUAGAAAUUGUCUCAUUUCUCCCAGUUAUCUCCUUCCAGACACCUCCAUGGAGUUUUAGCGAAUACUGGGUUCUGAACCUCACCAAGUCCUAUCUGUCACUGCACCAUGACUUUGUGGUUCCUCUGCUACUGAAGUAUGCUCAUGAAUGGAAGGAAACAACAAAUCCAAUCUACAGACCGCUGUGGUGGAUCAGUCCAGAGGACCCCUUCACAUUUACUAUUGAUGAUGAAUUCCUCAUUGGAUCUGAGGUCCUGGUAGCACCUGUAACUGAUCAAGGAAAAGUUGAAAGGAACAUUUACUUACCAGGAGAUGGAAUUCAAUGGAGAGAUCGGUGGAAUGGCCAAGUUUUUGAUGGAGGGACUCUACUACGUAGUUAUUCUGUCAGACUGGAAAAGGUAGCCGUCUUCCUACGGAUACAGUCUUGAAGCCCAAGCGGCUCCAUACACAAGUACUU